AAAGAAAGAUACCAGCAUUCGAACAGCGUCAAGCUACAGAGCAAGACCUGCGGGGCUUAGUGCGCCAACAUGGCAAUUCUGACGAGACUAGUAUGCCUUGUGUUCCUGUAUUUCUUCUUGGAAACGAGCAAUGCAGAGGGAAGAGUCGCAUUCAAAGAGAACUGGAACAUAACCGGAUGGAUAACGUACAGCGAGUUCUACGCGAUCGAAAACUAUUAUUACGAUCUGACCUACGUUAAUUGCGGUGAGUAUUUCGAAGGACCAGAGCACAACUGCACUGCAGUUGUGCAGGGACCGCAGUCUGAAAUGUCGUGCCCCUUUACCCCGCGCACGUAUGACGCAAGAAUCAUGCGAAUUUACCCGCUCGGAUCAACAAGGUUAGUGAUUUUGUGGAUACAACAUUUGAGAACCAAAGUGGAUCCGAAUAGAGAAACCCUCUACAUGUGUACCAUCUUGGAUCUUACUACUUGUCAAAGCAAAGAGCUGGUUAUCCCAUCUGCCCGCAGUAUAAUGGCUAGCGUGUUUUUCACAUCAUACAACGAUUCUUUCGAUAUUGCGAUUCUCUGUGACAACGAUAGAUACUGCAAGUACAACAUCGAUGUGGAUGGGAACAUCACUUCGAGCGGUAUUUCUAAGUCAGAAUUACGGUUGUAUUAUGAUGCUUCUCGUACUGAACGCACAACUCUCCGUGCGAUAGAAAGUUCGACUGAUAAGAGGCUCAAACUCUACCUGCAGAAUCGCUAUGAUGGAACUUUGAGAAGUAAAUUAAGGAAACCUGACGGUUCGUGGCAAAUGUUAGCGCCAUUCUAUAAGAACUCUGGUGUAUUCAAAUUUGACUCUUUAAAUAGCGAAGAUGAUGAAUACCUGAUGAAUGUUAUGUCAGAUUCAACCGCUCAUGGGAGGAUUAGCAUCGCCGCAGCCAUACACACUCGAGCCAAAGUCUGGCAGUUUGAUCAAGAGGGUAAUCUCAAACUAAAAGCGUUGAUUGAGCACGAAUUUUUUGUGAGUUAUGUGAGAGUUCUCAAUACGGCCGAUGGUGGAUUGUUCCUAUUAAGUAUGGAUACGGGUAACAGUCGAUUGGAAAAGAUUUAUAAUAAGAACUAUAAAAAAUACUAUUUGACAAAAGUCGCUGCUGAUGGAAACAUCACCGGAACAAUACAGAACGCUGCAGAUCCGGAUGUUAAUCUUAGCAGGCGCACACAAGUUCAGCUGUUCGAGAACGACGCGAACGAGUACUGCGUCAAUUUUCAAAACACUGCUCAUUUCUAUCUUCGGUCAAACGUGCGGGAGCGAAGUAGCGAAGGAGUGCGCCUAGUGAUGUGCUUUAAAGACAGCGAGUUUUUCGUCGAUAAAAAUUAUUUCAUUUGAUUUUUCAUUUUUGUGAAUGUCUGAAAUUCUUUGAUCUAAAAACUGACUCUUAGGUGACUUUUCCCGACAAGCAAUAGCAAAAAUUAUGGUAACAUCUGAGCAUUUGUGCAUACCCUGUGAGAUACUAUAUUCAGAACGAUUCUCUUAGUGUGGUUUCAUAGGCGCACAAAGAAAUCAAUAUACGUAUAGGUAUCAUCUAAAAAAAUAUAGUAUGCACCAAGGGCCUUAUUUCGAUUGUUACAAUACUUGUUUUUUUGCUCUGAAGCGCACUUAUCUUUACUUCAAACUGCAAACUCAAAAGUCAAUCUAAUAAGGUCCACUUUUUACGCGAUUAUGUGUGAUUCUAUUUCGAACUAUGUCCGAGAGCUACUUUAAAAUAAAACUAUUUUGCUAUUGUAUACAUACACACUCCGUCGAAAAAUCAUUUAUAAAUAUGAGCACAAAAUUGUAAAACAAUUGACAAAAGCUAUUUCGUGUACUAAACUUUAAUUAAAACAAAACCAUUAUAGCUUGUACUCAGUAACCUCCUUAAACUGAUUAAUUUUCAUACAAAUAUAUAUUAUAUAAAAAUUAAUAAACUGAUUUUUACCAAUA